CUUUCCUCAUUGUCAAUGGCAUUAUCAGCUACCCGUCUUGCCCUCCUCUCACUCGCAACGCUCUCUCUCGCUCUCACUCUCCAACUCCUCCCAUUCCCAUUUCCCAAUCCAAUGGCAGCAACCAAAUCCAAAAUCCUCUUCAUCGGAGGCACUGGCUACAUCGGAAAGUUCAUAGUCGAAGCCAGCGCCAAGGCAGGCCACCCAACCUACGCUCUGGUUCGAGAGCCCACUCUCUCUAACCCAGCCAAGGCCAAAGUCAUCGAGAACUUCAAAUCUUUGGGUGUUAAUUUCGUCUUGGGUGAUCUCUACGACCAUGAGAGCCUUGUGAAGGCGAUAAAGCAAGUCGAUGUGGUGAUUUCAACAGUGGGUCACGCUCAGUUGGCUGAUCAAGGUACGAUCAUCGCUGCUAUCAAGGAAGCUGGCAAUGUUAAGAGGUUUUUCCCAUCUGAGUUUGGAAACGACGUGGAUCGAGUUCAUGCUGUUGAGCCAGCAAAAACUGCAUUUGCAACCAAGGCCAAAAUUCGCAGAACGAUUGAGGCUGAGGGGAUCCCUCACACCUAUGUGGCCUCCAACUUCUUUGCUGGCUACUUCUUGCCCACUCUGAACCAGCCCGGAGCCACUGCCCCUCCCAGGGAGAAAGUUGUCAUUUUGGGUGAUGGAAACCCCAAAGCAAUUUUCAACAAGGAAGAGGACAUUGGGGCCUACACCAUUAAGGCCGUGGAUGACCCAAGAACCUUGAACAAGAUCCUCUACAUCAGGCCCCCAGCCAACACCAUCUCAUUCAAUGAUCUUGUGUCUCUUUGGGAGAAGAAGAUUGGCAAAACCCUUGAGAGGAUCUAUGUUCCAGAGGAGCAACUGCUCAAGAACAUUGAAGAGGCUGCUGUGCCAAUCAAUGUGAUUCUAUCGAUUGGUCACUCAGUUUUUGUGAAGGGAGACCAUACUAACUUUGAGGUCGAGCCCUCAUUUGGAGUGGAAGCUUCGGCCCUUUACCCCGAUGUCAAAUACACUACCGUGGACGAGUACCUUGACCAGUUUGUUUGAGCCUGAAAGCCUCAUCUUGUAGGGUUUUCUUUGAGUAAAACUAGCACUGUUUUUGCAAAUAAUUAGCUAGUUGGUGUGCAAAAAUAGCAUGUUGGAGUGCCCCCUAUGUGUCAUCUUUGUUGUACUGUGCUACCUUUGGUUAAAUGAUGGUAAUGAACGCCUGUAUAUUUUAUUUUAAUUUAUUUUGCAAUUCCUUUUCUGUUUC